CACUUCCUGUCCAGUACCUUCCAGCCAGGCACAAUAGCAAAGAUGGUGCCUGUCCUACUGUCUCUGCCACUCCUUCUGGGUUCAACAGUCCCCCAGGGGACCCAAGCAGGUCCCUACUCGCUGACCUUUCUCUACACUGGGCUGUCCAGGCCCAGUAAAGGCUUCCCUAGGUUUCAGGCCACCGCCUUCCUCAACGACCAGGCCUUCUUCCACUAUGACAGCGAGAGCAGGAAGGCAGAGCCCCUGGGGCCAUGGAGCCAGGUGGAAGGAAUGGAGGAUUGGAAAAAGGAGAGCCAGCUUCAGCAGGCCAGGGAGGAAAUCUUCCUGGAGACCCUGAAAGACGCCAUGAACUAUUACAAGGAAAGUGCAGGGUCUCACACCUUCCAGGGAAUGUUCGGUUGCGAGCUCCAGAAUAACAGAAGCGGUGGAGCAUUCUGGAGAUACGCCUACGAUGGAGAAGACUUCAUCGAAUUCAACAAGGAAGUCCCAGCCUGGGUGGCCUUGGACCCAGCAGCCCUGAACACCAAGAAAAAGUGGGAGGCAGAAAAAGUCUAUGUGCAGCGGGCCAAGGCGUACUUGGAAGAAGAGUGCCCGGGGAUGCUGCAGAGGUACCUGAACUACAGCAGAACUCACCUGGACCGACAAGAGCCUCCCUCCGUGACAGCCUCCAGCCAUAUGGCCCCAGGACAGAACAGGACCCUCAAGUGUCUGGCCUAUGACUUCUACCCACAAGGAAUUGGUCUGCACUGGACUCGGGCUGGGGAGAUGCAGAAGUUGGAGUUGGAGAGACGCAUUCUCCCCAGUGGAAAGGGCACUUACCAGUCCUGGGUGGUGGUGGGAGUCCCCUCUCAGGACCGAGCCCCCUACUCCUGCCAUGUGGAGCACCGUAGCCUGGCCCAGCCCCUCACAUUGCUCUGGGAUGAGAGGCAGACAGCAAGCGCUGAAGACAAAGUGAAGACCCCACGGCCCCAGUAGCCAUUCUUUCUGCCUGACAUGAGAGAGCAGAACAUUAGAUAUCACCAUCAAUGUCAUCAACAUAAAGAACAGGUGAUGGGUCUGGAAACAGAGGCUUGGAUGCCAGGCACGAGAUGAUUCUCCCUGCCAAACACCUCAUCCCACAGCUUCCCCCUCCAUUGUCUAAUCUGGAAAACCUAAUUCACAGUCAUCUCCUUGGGUAGCCCAACAAAGAAAGGUAUUUUUAAACUCUAAAAUGCUGUAAAAAUAUGCCUCAACUGUAUCAUCCAUCCUAUCCCCAAGCAUUUGAUUCAUCUGAAAGUCUUGGUACUCAAAGUGAUGUUCACAGGGCAUCUUGACCCAGGGUAGCCUAGGCAUCGUUUGGGCCACUUAGUCCCUGGGCGUUGUUCAGGUGCCCACUGCUAACAUCUAUGAAUAUGGCGGUGGCCUGUCUGGCUGGGAGGUCCUACAACUCUGUAGCCUGUUUAACACAAACUCAAAGCUCUUCUGUGCCUCAGUUUCCCCAGAACUCCCUUGCUCCCUGUGCGAUACAGCCCUCCACUCUACCUGCCUAGCCUUUCCCAUGCCACGUUGGCCUUGGACCACACACAGCCAGGGCUUAUUUGACAGGCCUUAUCUCUCUAGGGCACACUUCCAGAGAAGUGGGAGUCAACCCCACAGCUCUUGGGCUCCCUCCAAAUCCGUCUGAGUGUGGUUCCUCAUCUGAGUCACCCCCCCCCCAUCAUUCAAAGUUCACAUCCCAAUGACAGAGUGGAACUCUCACAUCUGACUUUUCUGUUAAGCUUCUCCUGGCUCUGGCUGUGUCUUUUCUUCUUAUGUGAAAAGAACUUCCUAUUGCAUCCUGGUCCUCAGCCUCCCACUCUGGAUAGCUCCAGAAUCAGUCCUCCACGUUGAAUUUCUUGAAAAAAUCAUUUCCAGACUUCAGAAUCUUUAAUCAACCACCUUAUCUUUAUUAUUUGAAGGCUAUGUUUUUUUUUAAUAUAUCCCCUGGGUCCAAUUUGAAAAAUUAAACCUGAGAAACCCACA